CUCAUAUGAUCUGUCUCGAGACUCAGGAGAUAGGAGUGGCAGACAGAUCUGUGUCACUGGUUGUUUCGUGUACUUGCAGACAAAAAUUGUAAUUAACCAUGGCUUUAAGCGACGCAGACGUUCAAAAACAGAUCAAGCACAUGAUGGCCUUUAUCGAGCAGGAGGCAAAUGAAAAAGCCGAAGAAAUUGAUGCUAAAGCUGAAGAGGAGUUCAACAUUGAAAAAGGCCGAUUGGUGCAGCAACAACGGUUAAAAAUAAUGGAAUAUUAUGAAAGAAAGGAAAAACAAGUGGAACUUCAGAAGAAAAUUCAGUCAUCAAACAUGCUAAACCAGGCACGUUUGAAAGCUCUGAAAGUUCGUGAAGAUCAUGUGCGCAGUGUACUUGAAGACGCGAGAAAGAGACUGGGAGAGAUCACAAAGGAUCAGUCUCGAUACAGCCACGUUCUCCACCAGUUAAUAAUGCAAGGACUCCUGCAGCUUUUGGAACCAAAUGUCACUGUAAGGACACGUGAGGUUGAUCAACGUAUUGUUGAUAGCAUCUUGCCAGCUAUUACACAGAAGUACAAAGAAAUUACUGGUGGGAAGGAUAUAUCAAUAAAAGUGGACACAGAAUCCUUCUUGAACCCAGAAGUUACUGGUGGAAUAGAGCUGCUAGCACAGAAAAGCAGAAUUAAAAUUGUUAAUACUUUGGAAGCACGGCUAGAACUAAUUGCACAACAGCUUAUUCCUGAGAUAAGAGGUGCACUGUUUGGCCGUAACCCGAAUCGCAAGUUUGCUGACUAAAUAUGUUUAUGCAUAAAUGUGGAUAUUUCAUUCCAUUAAGUUAUUAGUGCAGUAGUUUCUUGGUUAUGGAAUUGCUGGUUCAUGAUUUUUUUGUUGUUGAUUAUGUAAUGAUACUUCUCAUUUUGUGUAAAUAUUUUAAUGCUGCCUGUUCAUAGUAGUGGAAACUGUGUGAGACAUAUCCUUGUGUUCUUUUUUAUUAAAUUAUUGCAACACUAGUAUAAAGCUCCAUGUAGUACAACUAAACAUGUGUACUACCUCUUUCAAGUAUGUGACCUCCAUUACUAUUAAUAAUUGCAGCCUUUCAAUAUUAAGAUGAAUGGAGGACAGAAGAAUACUGUAGUUUUAAUUUGCAAAUAUGCAGUUAAAAUUAUUUGCCAGCAAAUGGGAGUAAGAUAGAUUUGUAUUUGAAAUAUGUAACUGUGAAGCCAUAAUAUGAAAACAAAGUAGACAGAAUAAUGGCUUAUCAAAAAAGAAAAGAGAUUUAAAUUCACCAGAAGAAAUGAAUUAGUUCAAAUGCUGUUACUUUAUCUAUCAGGGAAUAAAUUAACAUGCAGAAUCUGUAAGCUAGAGUAAAUGCCUAAUGCUGCAAAUCAGAGGCAAGUAGGUGAGCUGGAUAUCAUGUGAUGGAAGUGAGUAAUUAUUAAUCAGUGGUUAUUGUGGCUGUGGAUGGUGACAGAUUGCAUGUUGGUGGACUGCCAGUAGAAUAUUAGUAAUUGUACAGACUUUUUUCUGAUGGAGAGGUUAUCAUGGUAUUAUAUAGUUGUGUAAGAUAUUAUUUUAAUUACUGUUGUAAAAAUUCUUCCUUGUUAUUAAAUGGACAUUGUGUAGUAAUGUGUAUUAAUCAAGUGUUGUAUACUUGUGUGGUCUGAUUAAAGAAAAAGAAGCUAACAAGGCAAGUGCUUGUGAGUACCUCAGCUUUUUAAGUGCAAAUACUUGCCAGGGCAUAGUCAUCUGUCCACACAAAUUGAUAUUAUUAAACACUUAAACCCCUGUUUCACAUAAAAUACCAAUACUUGUUGUGGUACUGUGUUCAGCAAUGCUAUAUGUUGUGAAAAGAUAUGUGAUGUUUUACAUUGAUUUCCCAUGUACAUGCAUAUAGUCAGGUUAAAAAUAAAUGAAUGAGUGUAAUGAGUA